AUGGUACAGUUCAAGCAGGCCUAUAAUCGGAAGCUUAUUUUCCACACUCCUUGCCUGGGACUGUUCAAAUAUUCUAUCCUGACUUUCUGCAAUUCUUCUAUGAUCACCUUUGAUCUUCGUAACAAUGCUCGGAAUGAAGCAUGGAAAAUUGACUGUGGUGAGUUCCAGGAUCCCAAGGUCUACUGCACUCGGGAAUCUAACCCCCACUGUGGCUCUGACGGCCAGACGUACGGCAAUAAAUGUACCUUUUGUAAGGCGAUGGUGAAAAGUGGUGGGAAGAUCAACCUAAAGCAUCAAGGAAAAUGCUGA